AUGGGAUUUUUCAAAGCAUCCGGCCUUCGCAAAGAGUGCGACAAGGCAGCUCAAAUUCUGAAAAGCUUUGUUGACAAAGGCAAGAUACCCAAGCAAGCCAUCGCGGACGCAAAAGGUGUGGCUAUCUUCACUGGCUUCCGCGCUGGGAUGUACCUGGCAGGCGCGGGAGGCUCAGGUGUCGUUGUCGCGCGUCUUCCUGAUGGGAGCUGGUCGCCACCAUCAGCCUUCUCGGUCCGAUCCGGCAGCUUUGGUAUUGUGUAUGGUGUGGAUGUGUAUGACUGCGUGUGCGUGCUUAAUACGCAAGCCGCUGUGGAAGCCUACGCAAAGACAGAAGUGAGCCUUGGCGGCGCAGUUGCUCUUGCAGCAGGACCCAUAGGAGUCACCACCAACACGAGGAAUGACAAGCCAGUCUGGGUCUACACAAAAUCGCGAGGUCUUUUUGGUGGUUUGACAGUGGACGGUACCGUCAUCAAAGAGAGACCAGAAACCAACGCCAAUUUCUACGGCUCAAAGAUCACCAGCGAACAGAUCUUGAAGGGCGAGGUUGCACCUCAGGAUGGAGUUACUAAGUGGCCUGUAGCAGCGACGCAGCUGACUGAGGUCCUUAGAAUGGCUGAAGGGAAGGCUGUUGAUUUGACGGUGCUCCAAGAAAUCGGCACCGAACCCACGCCUGGCGAUUUGCAAGAAUAGAAGCGAUUGAGAGAUGGGAUUUGGAGGCUGAGUAGUACAG